GUCCCGUGAAGUUCUGAUUUCCGUGACUUUCGCUUGAAGAUUCUUCCGGUCGUACAGCGGUGGUAAAAGCGGCAAGCCCGUUUUACCACCGGCUUAAGAAGCAAUCCUUCUCUUCUGCUUCGGUAACUUCCAUCGCUGAAUGGGAAACUCGGUGAGCACUGCUACGCGAUGAGGUGAUCAGACAGCCAAUUUGAGCAUGGGUCUCUUGGAAGCCGCACUCAACGCCUCUGUACUGCUCGCUGCCACCGAGGCUGGAGGCAGCGGUGGUUGGAGCGGCGUGCUCGACGACGGCUCCGGAGGCGCAAGUACCACAUCCGGAACUGGAAAUGCCACAAAUGACAGCGUGGCCUCAGGCAGUAGCGGCCACUCGGCGCCAUACUCGCUUCCCGAGGUGAUACUGAUAGCCUUCCUGGCCGCUCUGUUGAGCGCGGUGACCAUCAUAGGAAACCUCAUGGUCAUGAUCUCGUUCAAACUGGACAAGCAACUACAGACCAUCAGCAACUACUUUCUGCUUAGCCUGGCCAUUGCCGACUUCUCCAUCGGGGUUAUAUCUAUGCCCCUGUUCACCAUGUACACGCUGUACGACCAUUGGCCACUGGGUCCAUUCAUAUGUGACACCUGGCUCGCAUUCGAUUACUUGACCAGCAACGCGUCGGUGCUCAAUCUGCUAAUAAUCAGCUUCGACCGGUACUUCUCGGUGACCCGGCCGCUAACCUACCGGGCCCGGAGGACAACUAAGAGGGCGGCCAUAAUGAUUGCGAGUGCCUGGGUCAUAUCCCUGGUGCUGUGGCCCCCAUGGAUCUACUCGUGGCCCUACAUCGAAGGUCAGCGCAGCGUCCCCCUGGACCGCUGCUACAUUCAAUUCCUGGAGACCAACAUAUACGUGACAUUCGGGACGGCCCUAGCAGCGUUCUAUGUGCCGGUGACGGUCAUGUGCAUUCUGUAUUGGCGCAUCUGGCGCGAGACAGAGAAGCGCCAGAGGGACCUGACACAACUACAGGCGGGCCGCAAGGAGACCGGCGGCAGCCGGAAGUCGACGUCCAGCGAUGACCCCGCCGAGUCGGAGGACUUCCGCCGCGGCCGCAGUGACUCCUGCCCGCCGGACGUGGAAACUACGUACGUGCCAACCUCGCUGUGCGUCGAGACUUCCAAGUACCUGCCCCCGGCGGCGCCAAAGAGGCGGCGACUUCGCGACGUGCUCCUCUCCUGGUGUCGCAUCGACAACGACAAAGAGGACGACGACAGUACCAGCCAUGGAGGUUCGCCUGGAACCCAGACGCCGGCGUCGAUAGAGACUCCCGUGCAGUCGGCCUCGAUGACCUUCCGGGCGGACCAGUUGGUCCAGCUGAACCCGGCCGGACGCACCGGAACGGGAACCAGCAGCGCCAUCGCCAGCAUAGGAGGUGGUGGUGGUGGCGGCACCGGUGGCGUCAGCAUCCCCAUGACCGACCGCAACGGCCUCCGACGCAACGAAAAGACUGGUGCGACGGCAGCGGCCACGUCGGCAUCCCGCUCCUACUCAUCGGAUUCGGUCUACACCAUACUGAUUAGACUGCCGACGCAGCCGUCGUUAGAAGGCGAGACGUCACAGGCUUCCAUCAAGAUGAUCCUGGAAGAGGACGCCGAAAAGCACGAGGCCGCUGGCGGCGCGGCGUCUUCUGGUGCGGCCGCGACGUUCGCCCGGACGUCGUCUGAGGACUCGACGGUCGCCAUGAGGACAGGGGACUCCGGCCUGGAGACCAUCCGAAUACCGCUCAACACCAAACUAGUGCACCGCCAGGUGGUCGCUAAGCAGCGGGCGGCGCCCAAGAAAAAGCGGAAGCAGCAGGAACGCAAGCAAGAGAAAAAAGCCGCGAAGACGCUGAGCGCCAUCCUGCUAGCCUUCAUCGUCACCUGGACGCCAUACAACGUCCUGGUGCUCAUCAAAACCGUCUCUUCAUGCGACGACUGCAUACCGACGGGCCUGUGGAACUUCGUCUACUACCUGUGCUACAUCAACAGCACGGUGAACCCACUGUGCUACGCGCUGUGCAACGCGAACUUCCGCCGGACAUAUAUGCGCAUCCUGUCGUGCAAGUGGCACAACAAGCAGCGGUCCAUGAACCGCGGCUACUUCACCUGAAGUGGCCUCCGGGUCUGUAGUGGCGCUCUUGUCUCCUCUGUGAAGGCCACGACUUCGUCGCCUCGAAGAGAACGUGGCAUUCUUGUGUGCUCUCUUGUGUGUCGUAAACCAUGAGCAGUACCUAAGCUGCUGGGGUAUCCAGGAUUGUAUGAAGGUUCCAUACUCGCGAUUGGGUUAAGCCUUUUUGUGAGUGGCCAGCUGAAGUUCAAGGCUACAUCCCUUACUGUCGCAGGGAGGGGGCCUACUCUUACGCUUGGUGGUUACCGUAGCAUAUAUAGAGUGUAGAGGAGGCUCGAGGGAGCCAAACACAACCGGGGCCGAGAAAACGAGAAGGCCGGCGUGACAAACCUUCCGCGUAAGUGGGCUUCCGCGACGUCGUCAAAGAGUGCGAUUGCGUGUCCGACAUAACACUAUGCACUUCCUAGCACCAUUCUGCACGUCGCUCUAUUGGCUUCCAUGGAAGAAAGAGCGGCCGCUGCUACGGUGGGUGGAUGAGCACUCUUUGGCGUGUUUGACCACGGUAGACACUACUCUACACGUCGAUGACUGCGUGCAACACGUUCAAGUGCUCCCAGUAGAACGGGGUGAUCAGAUUGAUUAGGUUUUCACAUGAUAGGCGUGAUAUAGCGUAAAAACUUUAUGUCCAGCUAUGCAGCUUCAAGGGCGACUUGAGUGCAUCCUUCUCGCAGUGCCAAAGUUGUCCUUUCAAGUGUAUACACGCAGAAGUUAGCGUGAUGUGAAAGGGAAAAAAUAAUCAGAAUAGCAAGAUGACAAAAAACACUUGCUUUUUUGCGUAGCAAGUUAGUAGGUUUUAAGUUUAAAAAGUUUUUACUUUAAAACUGGUACUUUUUGAAAGCGGUGUAGAGGAACUUGCUUUAGUGUCAAAUGUAGGUGAGGCUGCGGUGGGCUGGUUCACAGCCUCGAUGUGAAGUGAGUGCAGUGAUCGCUGUAACAGCAAUGGAGCUGAAUCAGGUGGGGUUAGCCUGACACACAAAGCCGAUACUUGUUCCGCCCGAGUCAACUAUAAAUUGAUUGCAUCAUUGUGGCACCAGUUGUUGAUCUUUACAGUGUCUCGCAGCCGUAUAUAAGGAAGAUUGUCUAAAUUUAGGCACUAAGCUUUGGGUGGCGUGCAGUCUAGGAUAAUUUCAUUCAUGAAUGAACGCAAUAGAGGAAAAAAGCGUAGUCUCUGAACGCCGGUGGUUUUUUAGGAACGUGUAACACCCAAUGAAUCAAAUCCACAACAUCGUUCAAGCCGGAAAUGACCACACUAGUUGUCAAAGCGUGUGUAGAGAAGCAGAAGGUGCCGAUGAGAAUCUUGUGAACCACCUGUUCAUCCGGGAGCACUUGAGGUGAUUACCGAGUCACGCUUCCGAGAUCAUUGACUGUUUGGUCACGUCACAUUAAGACCUUCCUUUUUUUAAUGUCGGCGUCCCUUCGUGUUUUUCUAGCAAUCAAAGCUGUCCUUUUUGCCGCGAAUAUUUCGCAAGAACGUGAAACAGAGGGAAAGAGAGAAGAAACGUUUCUUUGAAGAGAGAAUUGGCCGAUCCAACAAGUUGCAUCGGCAACGUGUUUUUCGACUCCCUAAACACUCGUUCGUGCGUGCCGAUUUCAUUACGUCUGUAUAUAGUCAAUAGAGCACAUUGGCUCGUCACCAUUGUGCAAAGUAUCGCGAGAUUGUAAUAACAGGCCUCACGACGUGCGCCAUUCGAGAGGGUGUUCUUAAGCUUAGGUGUGCGAGCCGCACCCUUGAGUCUCUCUGUUAAUCCUUUGCUUACUGCGCAGGUAUCGAGCCAUCCUCGAGCAUGUUUGCACCUUUUUGAAUUUUUCGCUCUCGGCAAAUGCUGGAGCUUACCCGAAGACGGGCACUGUUGUGAAAACCUUGAUCAGAGUUGCGUAUUGCGUCCGACGUGGCGGCCCCUGGGAUGGUAGCGGAGUGCAACGAGUGCGUUCAUUGGAUCAGUCACAAUGUCUCACUAAGCGUUCUUCGCCCGUCGCGGUUGUUGAGCUUAGCUUCAUGCUGCGUCGGAGAGUUCAUGCUCAGAUUGGUCCGGAGAACAACGAACCGCUUAAGUGGCGAUCCCCCCGAAAUUGCGUGCUUUUUAGUCAUUCAAAAACACAUAAAUACUCUCAAUGCUCCAAUUU